GUUAACUUUCUAUCAAAAUCAUAAAAGAUGGCGGCUAGACCAUUGCCGUUGCUUUCCGAGUAUUUGACGAAGAUGCAGAAGGAACUAAAGAGAGUGAUGGAUUUUUGGUUGCGUCAUUCGCACGAUGAGGAGCGCGGAGGAUUCCUUGUUUCUUUGACGCGCGAUGGAAAGGUAUAUGAUACAGUGAAGUACGGCUGGUUACAAGGACGACAGGUUUGGAUGUAUUGCAAGCUUUAUAACGAGACAGAGGAGUAUCACACGGACCAAGUCCUACAAGCAGCAAUAGAUGGUGCAAAGUUUCUGAAGGAAUUUUUCUAUCGGUCUGAAGACAAUCGCUGCUAUUUCACGGUGACGAGGGAAGGCCUGCCAAUCUACUUGCAACGAACAAUGGCAACGGAGGCGUUUUAUGUCAUCGCAAUGGCAGAACUCUCACGAGCAACAAAGCAGCAACAUUACAUGGAUGAAGCCGAGAAAGUCUUGUCAAGCAUGUUGCACUGGGCAAGAGUUGACGACUCUCAGUUAGGUAGACCUUACUUGGCUGGCAGUCCUCCCAUCAAUUCGAUGGUCAUACCCAUGCUUGUCUUUAAUGUCGUACACGAAGUGUGUGGGACAGACGAGAAACUCGCGGCUAAAUACAGAGAGCAUACUGACUGGGCAGCAGAGCAAACUCUUGCACAUGUUCAGCGAGGUGGGACGGUGGUGUUAGAGAACGUUUCUAUUAGUGGUGAGGAAUUGGGUGGUUGUAAGGGUCGUCACAUAAAUCCUGGUCAUGCUAUCGAGGCCGGAUGGUUUCUAUUACAACAUGCCUCAUUGACAAACAAGCAACAUCUCAAACGAGUAGCUAUUGAAACGUUUAUGUUACGAUCAUUUGAGAGGGGCUGGGAUGAGAAAGACGGAGGAAUCUUUUAUUUUUUGGACGUCGAUGGCUACUCACCGACUGCAUUAGAGUGGAAUAUGAAGCUGUGGUGGCCACACUGUGAGGCACUCAUUGCUUUCUUGAUGGCGUAUCAGGAAACGGGAGAGGCUAAGCUAUUGGAGCAGUUUGGUCGAGUCUUUGAUUAUACGUUUUCGCAUUUUGUUGAUGAAGACCAUGGAGAGUGGUUUGGAUAUCUGAACAGAGAUAGCACAGUUAGUAUGGACUUUAAAGGAGGUCCAUACAAAGGUGAGGAACAAACGAACGUGUGUCUACAGGUUGCUUCCAUGUUCCAAGAUGUUUACAUUACUGCAUCCAGAUAUUGAAAAAACUAACCAAAUAGACAUUGACUUAGCUGCUUGAACACUGCUACAUCAAAUUAUCAUGUCUAGCUUUUUUACAAUUUUUUGAUGACUUUUUGACUGAAUUGACAUCCUAUAGUACAACAUUACAGAGUGCUGAUCUAUGUGAA